ACUUUUAUGCGUGAAAGUGGAGUACCCAAUUGAUUCGACAGAUAAGGUUCCUUUUUAAUUUCGAAAUAUCUUCAAGUGAUUUUCUCUAUUGAACGAGGUUCCAGUCAGAUUUUCUUCGAGUGCUUAAAAUUUGUUUUUUGUGAUAAUUAAGAAUAGCAUCAAGCUCUGAAGGUAAAUUUUAAACAAUAUAUUUUGUGAACACUACAAUCAAUAGCAUAACAAUUGCUGUUAUACUCUGGUUAUACAUUAUUUCUUAUUUGAAUUUGCAGAAUGGAUUGAGAGAAAAGAGCAAAAACCAAUCCACUGCAGUGGUCAACAUUUCUGGAUUUCGCGGAAGUUAAUCCAGAAAAAUUAACGAAAAAAUUUCAAGGAAUUAAUGGCAGGAAGACAUAUGGAGAAAAAUGGGCUGAAAUAGUGACUACAUUGAAUAGUAUGGGUUACCAAAAUAAACCUGUAGCAAAAUGGCAAAAGGCUGUUGCGGAUUGGAGGUCCAAAGUUAAAGGGAAGGCAGCAUCCAUCAAAAGGGGGUUGUCUCAAACAGGUGGAGAUGGACCUUCAUGUGUACUGAAUGAGAAUGAGUUGAGACUACUAGCCAUAAUAGGGACAAUAGCUGUUAUAGGUGUAACAGAGGUUGAAAGAGGAAUUGUCCAAGAAGAAAUACCGACAACUUCUUCAAAUGAAGAGAAGGAAAAUAUUUCAUUAUCGCCACCGCCACUUAUGCCUCUAUUGAUGAGUGGUUGUGGCGAGAAGAGAGAAUUAUUGGAGGAUGGGCCAAAAAAACCGUCAAGAAAAAUAGGACAAUGGAGAAAAAAAAACCGCCAAACAAUAUAAGAAGUUUGCAAAAUCUACAUGUAGAAAGCUUGCAAGCCAUGAAAGAAAUUUCGAAACACAUUGGAUCACUGGCAGAGAGCAUUAAACUUCUGGCGGAAUCGAAUUCAAGCUUAGUGGAACAAAUGAAAAAAAGAGACAAUUCAUGAUUGUAUAUAUAAAUAAAAUAAAUAAUUUUUCCAUGUCUAAUUGUAUUUCUACCCCAAAUAUCUAUAGAUCUGUUUGUUGUGUUUGCAUGAAAUGUUAAGUGUACCUUUUAUCUCUUCACAUUCAUUUGACGCUAUCGGAACAUCAAAUGAGUGUAGUUUAGACCAGAAAUCACUGAGUUAUGUUACACGAUCUACACUAGUGUACAAUAUUGUAUUUAGUGCAGACACAAGGAACAAACCUUAUAUCAUUCUUCUAUUGAUUCUAAAUUAUUUCAAAGUUAUUGUUCAGUGGAAACAUAAACAUGUAUAUAUUUGAAAUAUUGCCACCAAGUCUACUGACAAUUACU